UCAUCAGCACUGGAAAGGAGAGAUCCAGGGGUUGCACAGAGCAACUCUCUCUCUCUCUUUCUCUCUUGCUCUUUCUCUCUCUCUCUCUCUCUCUCUCUCUCUCUCUCUCUCUCUCUCUUAUUUCUAAUAUCUCUCUCACCCCUUUCCUCACUCUUUUUUUCUCUUUCUGCUCUCAGCAUGCUGGUGGCGCUGAGCAGAUCCAUCAGACCCAUGCAGCUCAGGUCCCUCAGCUGGUCCAGGCUUAUAGUGCCGAAUCGCAGCGGCAGCAUUUACAGCAAACCUCCUAAAACCAAGAUCGGACCUGGGCAAAGCCUCUUCAUCAUAACUGUGUUUGCUGUGGCUCUCCUGUUACCUGCUGGAUGGAUCCUUCAUCACCUGCCUGAGUACCGACAACGCCGUUCUUCUUCUCCAAAGCCCUGAAGACGGCGCCACCUGGCUAUCGCUUCAUCCUAACUCCAACCUCUCCAGCCUGUAAAGCGUUCCUCACCUUCCAAUUACUUCUGCCUGCUAAUGUCACUACAGUGAACACAUACUGUAUAAAUCAGUUCCAUGUUCCUUCCAGUAUUAAAACAUAAAUCCCA